UUUUACACGAGCUAAAGUCAGUAAAGUGUAAAGCUAAACGACGACGUUCUGGAGCGCAAUGUAGAAGUCACUCCCCCUCACAGUUACUUGAGACUCGCAGACUGAGGACUGAAACAGAUAAGAGAGAGAGAGAAAAGAUGAGAGGGUGUUUCCCGGCGCCGGCGGUCAUCUCCGGUGCGGCGAGCUCCGCAAUCACUCAAAUUGUUUGGGGAAGAAGAAAAGAUCCGUUGUUUCAAUUCUCAGUCUGGUCCUCAACAACUGCAACCUCGUCUUGCUUAGUCUAUAAUAACAGUAAGCAUGAUAAGCGGAGACGAAGGCGGUGGCUUUCGUUAUCAGAAGCAAGUAGAGGGAGAGGUGUGAGCGUUGGAUUAGAGCAACAAUGCGAGUGUGAAAGUGAAAGUGAUAAUGAAUGGGUGGUGGUCAAUUUUUACCAGUUUGUGUUGAUCAAAGACGCGGAGGCACAAGUGGCCAAGCAUCUCAAUUUCUUGAAGGGGCGUGAUAUACGUGGGCGGAUAUAUGUGAAUGAACAAGGGAUAAACGCGCAGUACAGUGGGCCGUCAAGAGACGCGCUUGCUUAUGUUGAAUGGGUGAGAGAGGAUGAGAGAUUUGCCAACUGCUUGGUGCAGAUUUCUGCAGCACCAACUGGGCAUGCCUUUCCAAAACUCAAGCUGCGGUAUAAGCCUUCACUGGUUCAGUUAGAAGGAGGUAUUAGUCAUCUUCCUUUGCUGGACCCUUCAAUGCGAGCUACACCUCUAGCACCAUCCCAGUGGAGGAAAAGAUUGGAGGCAGUGACCGGCAGCACUACUGCUGAUGCAUCAACUCAAAAUCCUAAACCAAACUAUAUUCUAUUGGAUGUUAGAAACGGUUAUGAGUGGGAUAUUGGUCAUUUCAGUGGGGCUCGACGGCCAGAUGUGGACUGCUUCAGGAGCACUUCGUUUGGGCUAUGCCAACCAGAGGUCAUUGCUGCAGAUCCGUUAGCCAACGUUGAUAAAGAAACAGAUAUAUUGAUGUAUUGCACUGGAGGUAUCCGUUGUGAUGUAUAUUCCACGAUCCUAAGACAACAGGGCUUUCAAAAUUUAUACACCUUAAAGGGGGGUGUCUCUCAUUACCUAAAAAAUGAAGGUCCUGUCCAGUGGGUUGGGAAUUUGUUUGUGUUUGACUCCCGUCUUUCUCUCCCACCCGCUACCUACAAGCCUGAAGCCAUAACUGAACCAAACAGAGUUGAAGUUUCAGAGAACAAUACAUUUGCCAGAUGCUAUAUAUGUGGUUUAGAAGUCUGCGAGUUACGGCAUCGAAACUGCGCCAAUCUUGACUGCAACCUACUUUAUCUAUGCUGCAUGAACUGUGUUGAGGAUUUAAGAGGAUGUUGCUGUUCAAAGUGCACAACUGCUCCUCGACUUAGACCUGUUCUUCAGGGUCCCCAUAGAUAUGAAAAAUGGCACACGUACCGGGAUUUGAUAUCACAAAGCAAGUCGACAGCUUGAUCAGACUCAUAAGCAUAUGAAGCAGGGAUUGCAUAUUCACAAAUCUAAAACAGAAAUUGUAAUGACCAACUUGUUUGUGCUCCUGUCUGCACUAGUGUUGGUAGCUAUUGGGGAUGAAAGUUUGGGGUGUGUGUAUGGUCAGCAAAGUUCAGCUUAGAAUAUACGGUGUUUAUACAUUCCAAUUGUUUCAUUUAUCAUGUUUCUGUUCCUCUUCAAAGGAGUAGAGGAAUAACUUGCAAACUAAUACUAUACUAUGUAAUUACAAUGGAA